AUGCUGAACUGUCACGGUUCGACUCCCGCUGAGGGUGUUGAUAAAACCGAUGCGAGCUCAAAAUUGCAGUUCACUUCUGUCUGGAUGAGAACCACUUCUAGGAAAGCAAUGGAAAACGAGUUCAUCGUUCCUGGCCCUCUGGCCAGCUACCAUAUUACCAUUUGGGCAACUAUCUUACCGGACACAUCUGGAAAAGGAGGAGGAAAGAGUCCCGCUUCCGAUGUUUUCUUGGCGGUCUCUGCUGCAGGAGUGGUGUCGUUUCCAUGGGCCAACAGUCCAAACGUCUUCAAUAGGCCAGACCUGCCACAAAUUGUAGAACAAUUCGUAAAUUCACCGCGAACAAACAGGUCCUUAUCUACCGGCCGUCCUGAGACCGACAGACUGUGUUUCUCUUUGCCUCCACGGCGCAAUCCCAAACUGCGUGGGUCAUCUUUCGAGCCAACUGCGCAACACAAUAUUCGAGUUCGCCAAAUGGGACAGAACGACGAAAUCGAAGCUUUAAGCUCUUGUGCUCUCGCGUCUAAAGAUGUCUAG